AUGGUUCCCUCUGCAGUGGAAGCCUUAGUAACUGUGGGGAGUGCUCAUUGUGUACUAGGUCCCCCGCAGUCUCCACACGCCUUGUUCUCAGGCCUGCUGCCCAUUCUUUCAGCUCCGUGUGCCGUUGUGAACUUUUCCUUGCGGCACAACCUUCGCAAAAGGCGAUGGGUGGAGUUGUUAAGAACAAUUUCCAACCUGUCUGCCUAUGCUUUACUGGAGCCGUACACGCGAGAGCUUCGCAAGGUCCUAGUACGGAGUGACACGACAUCGGUACUAAAUGCUAUUGGUCAUGACGCCUGCUACAAAGCAUGCGUCUAUCCGCCCUCGCUUUUGCCGUUGAUGAAUGAACUACUUUUGCGAUGGGAAGCAUACUGGAGUGCGUUGAAAGGGACAAUGGAGGCCCAGCGCCUCUUGUCAGUCUUUUUCCAGUCGACGCCUCCAUCCCUUGACCCUGCCGCUCCUUUGGAGAACGAAGCAGCGCUUGGAGGAAGCCUGGUAAUCCACGAUGAAGCUUGCAUGGAGCACAACUUGAACGAAGGCGCCGGCAAUCCUCUUCUCAUGCUCCCAGCGCUAGAGAAGAGUAGUUUGGAGGUGCUACACCUUGCUGUUCUCAUUGCCGUCUACAGGAAGUAUACGGACGAGGACGAACUACAGGAAGAAAUAUAG